AUGAGCACUCUCAACGUCGUUUCGAACUUCGCCGCGAACGUCGCGCACCGCAACCUGUCGCAGUCCAGCUCGGAAGCGACCAACUCGGUGGCCAAGCUGUCGGCCGGUACGCGUGUGCUGGCCGCCAAGGACGACGCGGCCGCCCUGGCCAUCGGCUCCCGUCUGAACUCCGAGGUGAACAGCCUCAAGCAGGCGGGCGUCAACGCCGGCCAGGCCAUCUCCAUGCUGCAGAUCGCCGACGGCGCGAUGAGCCGCACCAACGACAUCCUGGUGCGGAUGAAGACCCUGGCCGUGCAGUCCAGCUCGGGUCAGCUCUCCGACACCGAGCGGGGCAUGCUGAACGAGGAGUACACGGCGCUGCGUUCGGAAGUCGACCGUAUCGCCAACGACACCGAGUUCAACGGCACCAAGCUGCUGUCCGGCAGCGACACCUUCUCGGCCACCCUCGCCGGCACGGCGACGGCGAUCGAGGUCGGCGACGGUUUCGAGCAGGUCAGCUUCACCAACGACACCGGCGCCUUCAGCACCGGCAACGUGGUGCAGAUCGCCUACGACGCCACCGCGGACCAGUUCACCGUCACCAACCUGAGCACCAGCACCAGCUACACCUCCGACGCCGGUGUCUCUUCGCCCAGCGCGGGCGACUUCCGUGACGUGACGAUCAACGGCGCCGGCAUCACCCUGAAGCUGAACUCGCUGUUCGACGACACCAGCAACAUCACUGCUGACGUCACCACCCAGUUCACGGUCGCCGGCGGCACGUCGGACACCCUGAGCCUGGACUUCCGGAUCGGUACCGGCACGGAGUCGACCGAGGACGAGAUCACCGUCAGCCUGAAGUCGGCCACGGCCGACGCGCUGAACAGCAACCUCGGCUCCUCGACCAUCGACACCAACACCAACGCCGAGAACGCCAUCGGCUACAUCGACAGCGCGAUCGACACCCUGGCGCAGAACCGCGCCGAGCUGGGUGCCAGCCAGAACCGGCUGGAGUUCGCCUCGGCGAACAUCGCCACCUCGAUGGAGAACACCGAGGCCGCGCGUUCGGCCCUGAUGGACCUGGACGUCGCUUCGGAGAUGACGAAGUUCACCUCCAAGCAGAUCCUGGUGCAGUCGGGCGUCUCAAUGCUGGCCCAGGCCAACCAGAUGCCGCAGAACCUGCUGCGUCUGCUGGGCUGUAGUGCCGGUCGCCGGGGCCCGUCGGGCCCACUGACGGCCCCCGCCGCGAAAUCCGCGGCGUUCGGGGCUGCCGCGGCCGCCGUCGCCGACGAACAGCCGGCCGCGGCGCGCGAGCGCCUGCUGGACCGGGCGAUCGAGGCGCCGCGGCGCGCGACCGGCGAAGCGCCCGGCGGGGCCCCGCAGAAGCUCAAGGUCACGCUCGACAUCGACGAGGGAACCAAGCAGGUGAUCGCCAGCCUGGUCGAUCCGGAGACCGGCGAGGUCAAGCAGCAACUGCCGCCGGAAGAGUGUGAGGGCGGCAUGUCGGAUAUCGCGAUCAACUCCAACAGCCUGAUCACCGACGCCAACGGCCGGGUGCGCUUUUCCGGCCUGCAGUCGGGCAUCGACUUCAACUCGGCCGUCGACGGCAUCAUGCAGGCCCGCCGCAUCCCGGUGGAUCGGCUGGAGGCGCAGAUCGAGGACCGCGGCAGCAAGCUGGAAGCGCUCAGCCAGCUUCGUGCGCUGAUGACCAACAUGCGCACCUCGCUGACCGACCUCUACGGCCGUAUCACCCUGGGCGACGCCGGCAACGUCUUCGCGACCAAGUCCACCUUCGCCUCCACCUCGCGCCAGGACGGCGGGGCGGCCUCCGACGCGGCCAACCUGCUCGGCGUGGCGGUCACCAACGCGGCCGAGACCGGCACCCACGAGAUCGAGAUCGACCAGAUCGCCCGGGCCCAGCGGAUCGGCAGCCUGACCUUCAGCAGCACGACCGCCGACCUGGGCAGCGCCAGCGGCGGCGCCGCCGGCUCGAUCGCCGGCAGCAUCGACAUCAACGGGCGGACCAUCACAGUCGACGGCACCGACAGCCUGCUGACGCUGCGCGACCGGAUCAAUUCGGCCAACAGCGGCACCGACGCCACCGGCGUGCGCGCCUCGAUCGUCUCGGUGGCCGAGGGCGAGAACGUGCUGGUGCUCACGGCCGAGGAGACCGGCAAGGAGAUCAGCCUGACCAACGAGACCGGCGGCCUGCUGUCCGAACUCGGCAUCUCGAACGACGGCGGCGCGACCCUGCUCAACGAGUUGCAGUCGCCGCGCACGGCCCAGUUCUACGCCGACGGUCUGCUCGACCCCGACAAGUGGCACUCCAAGAGCCUCAACGGCAGCGCCGCGCUCUCCACCUUCGGCGUCGGCGGCGGGCCCUACAGCUUCGAGAUCCGCGACGCCAGCGACAGCCUGCUCGGGACCGUCGCCUACAGCGGCAGCGACAGCGUCAGCGACCUGGCCGCCUCCAUCAACGCCGUCGCCGGCGUGAGCGCCAGCGUCGUCACCUCGGGCGGCACCACCCGUCUGGAAGUCACCGGCGACGGCGGGCAGGCGAUCAACCUGAGCGGCGACACGGGCAGCGCGCUCGACGAUCUCAGCCUGACCAACCGCCAGCUCAUCGAGCGCAGCAGCAACACCAUCGCGGACCUCUUCGCCGGCACCACCCUCACCCUCUUCGGCGCCGAACGCGGCACCACGAUCCGGGUCGAGGUGGAGCGCGACCUCAACGCGGUGAAGACCGCGAUCAGCGGUUUCGUGACCGCCUACAACGAACUGAAGAGCUUCAUCAAUCAGCAGCAGCUCGCCGAUCCCGACACCGGCGAGGCGACCGAGGAGACCGGGCCGCUGUUCCGCAACUCGACGCUGGGCGACAUCGAGCGGCGUCUGAGCUCGGUGCUCGGCAACGGCGCCGAGGGCACCUCGACGGCCUUCAGCGUGCUGGCGCAGAUCGGCGUCGACUUCGUCAACAACGACGCGCUCAGCGACCCGCUGCUCAAGGACACGCUCAGGAUCGACGAGACCAAGCUCGACUCUUCGCUGCUGAACAACAUCGACGAGAUCGAGAGCCUCUUCACCUUCGGCCUCACGAGCUCCGAUCCGCGGGUGCAGCUCCUCAACUUCAACCGCAAUACCGCCUACGAUCCCAACGGCUAUACCCUGAACCUGGGCGGCGUCGGCUCCUCGCGCGAGCAUUCCGCCACGAUCGUCGACUCGACCGCGACACUCGACGACGGCGCCAACUCCGUCGGCGCCACCACCUCGGGCAGCUUCGAGAUCAACGGCACGGCGAUCACCUACGACGUCACCACCGAUUCGCUGGACGACCUGGCGGACGCGAUCAACGCCGCCGGCAUCACCGGCGUCACCGCCGCCGUGUUCGACGGCGAGAGCGGCAAGCAGCUCGCCAUUUCCUCCAGCGAGGACGCCCUGACGGUGACCAACGACACCGGCGACCUGCUGGCCGGGCUGUCCUUGACCACCCAGAGCUACCUGGUCGGCUCGGCCAACCUCGACGGCGCCGGCGACGGCAGCGACGACGGCUCGGUGAGCGUGUCGGGACGGACCCUCACGGUGAGCGACCAGAGCGGCGCGGAGGGGCUGCGGCUGCUCUACACCGGCGCCGGCGACGCCAGCGGCAUCGACAUCGACUUCAGCGUCGGCCUCGGCGCGAAGAUGUUCUUCGAGCUCGACGCGCUGCUCGACACCGAGAGCGGCUCGCUGGAAGGCGAGGUCGACACCCUGACCGAGCAGAACCGCCUGGCCCAGGAUCGGGCGGGCGAGAUGAUCGAACGCCUGGACUUCCAGCGCGAGCGGCUGCUGGAGCGCUUCGUCACGAUGGAGCAGAACCUGGCGCGGCUCAACUCGAUCCUCGAUCAGAUCCGCCAGAUCACCGAAGCCGGACGCGCCAUGAGCUACGCCCUCGCCCGCAACUACCAGACCCAGGCCCUGAUGACCGCUUCGCCGGCGGAGUUGGUGGCGAUGCUGUUCGACCGCGCCAUCCAGUUGCUGCGCGAGACCGAGCGCGCGAUCGAGGAGGGGCGGAUCGAGGCGCGCCACAAGGCCAACGCCAAGGCGAUGGACGUGAUCCAUCACCUGGACAUGACCCUCGACCGCGACCAGGGCGGCGAGAUCGCCGAGCAGCUCGCCCAGCUCUACAGCUUCGCGCUGCGGCGGCUGGCGGAGGUGGACCGCCUCAACGACCCCCAGGUCCCGCGCGACAUCGUCGCCCUGCUGGAGCCGCUACGCGACUCCUGGCGCACGCUGGCGCGUGAUGGCGCGGCCAUGCCGCGCCCCGCCGCGGCCCCCUACCAGAAACAGGCGCAGACGAAGUCGAGCGCCGCGUCCGAGAACCGCGACAGGGCCGCCACGCCACCGGCCGUGAUCUGCGCCACCGGGCGGGCAGAAAUGACCCAGCCCCGCCCCGUCGGACUCCCGGCAAAGCUUGCCCCGGGGCCUCGAAACGGCUCGCGUGCAUCUGCGUGGCUCGACCGGCGUGACCUGCAACCGCCCGCCUCUGCGCGGGGCAGAGCCAAGGAGGAACGAAGCUCGGCCGAUCCGGCCCACGCGCAGUCGGCGCAAGCGCGCCCUGCCCCCCGUCGGAGGCCAAGCCAGAGUUCGAGCCCACGCGAGCGAAAGAAGACGGAGACCCCAACCAUGCCCCUCAACGUCAUUUCCAACUUUGCUGCAAACGUGGCCCAUCGCCACCUGCAGCAGUCGGACGCGGAAGCGACGAACUCGCUGGCGAAGUUGUCGGCCGGCACCCGCGUGCUGUCCGCCAAGGACGACGCCGCGUCGCUUGCCAUCGGCUCGCGCCUGCGCGCCGAAGUCAGCGCCCUGCGCCAGGCCUCGGUCAACGCCGGCCAGGCCAUCUCCAUGCUGCAGAUCGCCGACGGCGCCAUGGCGCGCGUCGACGACAUCCUGGUGCGGAUGAAGACCCUGGCCGUGCAGGCCAGCUCGGGUCAGCUCUCCGACACCGAGCGCGGGAUGCUGAACCAGGAGUACACGGCGCUGCGUUCGGAAGUCGACCGCAUCGCCCAGGACACCGAGUUCAAUGGCACCAAGCUGCUGUCCGGCAGUUCGACCUUCUCGGCCACCCUCGCCGGCACGGCGACGGCCAUCGAGGUUGCCGACGGCAUCGAGCAGAUCGCCUUCACCAACGACACCGGCGCCUUCAGCACCGGCAACGUGGUGCAGGUCGCCUACGACGCCACCGCCGACCAGUUCACCGUCACCAACCUGAGCACCAGCACCAGCUACACCUCCGAUCCGGGCGUGUCCGCACCGAGUGCCGGCAACUUCAACGAGGUGACGAUCAACGGCGCCGGCAUCACCCUGACGCUGAACUCCCUGUUCGACGACACCAGCAACAUGACUGCUGACGUCACCACCCAGUUCACGGUCGCCGGCGGCACGUCGGACACCCUGAGCCUGGAGUUCAAGAUCGGCACCGGCACCGACACGACCGACGACGUCACCAUCGACCUUGCCUCGGUCCAGGCCUCCGCCCUGGGCACCGGGCUGGACACCUCGACGGUGGACACCUCGGCCAACGCCACGACGGCGAUCACCGCGGUCAACGAGGCGAUCGACAACCUGGCCGUCGCGCGGGCCCAGCUCGGCGCCGCCCAGAACCGUCUGGAGUUCGCCGCCGCCAACAUCGCGACCACCAUGGAGAACACCGAGGCCUCGCGCUCGGCCCUCAUGGACCUCGAUGUCGCCGCGGAGAUGAGCAACUUCACCUCGAAGCAGAUCCUGGUCCAGGCCGGCGUGUCGAUGCUCGCCCAGGCCAACCAGCUACCGCAGAACCUGAUGCGCCUGUUCCAGUAA